AGUUGGCGCUGUUGAUGUUUUUCCACUGUCCUGUUUUUCGCAUAGGCCUAGCCUACGGCUACAGUGAAUUUUUCUGAGAGAAAAGGAGUUACCGUGGGCAUUAUUAUUCGCUUGAUCUGUAUUAUUAAGUCCUUUCUUCAACAUGAGUACUCUCUGACAAUAGAUUAACCCGAUCCUGAAGAAAAAAGUGAUUAACACUUUUGCAAGGAAAUCUUCAGACCCAUUUGGCACUCCAUAGAUCAAGGGUCAGCUUAAGCAGAGGAUUCAGCCAUCAUGGGGGAAGCUGGAGAGUAUGAGAUUGUCAGUAAAAUGAGGGAGAUGGUGUCAAGGGUCUUCUAUAAUUAUGGCCUCUUCUGCUCCAACUACCCAAUAGCCCUGAUUGUGUUUUCAUCAGUCAUCGCUGUGCUCUGCAGUCUUCCAUGCUUCUUUGCUGUGCCUCUGACCCUGACGGCUCCGUACCAGUACACUACACCUUUGAAUGGUUUCCCUGACACUGCAAGGAAGUAUUACACCAAACAGCAGCCUGAUAAUAAGACUGCUAUUGAUCACAGUAAAAGACCACAGUGGUUUUCAAGACCACCAGUAGGCUAUGUGCUGCAAGUUGUUGUCAAUGCAUCUGUUUCACCAUGGCAACCGGGACUGACCUACGGUGAUGAUGUCAGAGGUCCACUGUCGAAGGCCUUCGAGCUGGACAAAGAGAUCAAGAGUUUUAGUUCAAAAUCAAAAGUAUUACUGAGAUCAUCAUGCCUGUAUGUAUCUGAUACUGUUGACCGAGUGAAAGGAGUAAUGCCUGAACAUAGCUGCCUUGUAGUAUCACCUGCUAAUGUAUGGAAAGGCAGCUUUGAUCUCUUUCAAGAAGACCCUUACCCCGGAAGAUCUGUGUUCAUGGGGAACUUUUAUGAUAAACCGGCAUUACAUGAUCUUUUACUGGGUGUCCAAGCAAAGUACACUGGAUUACAGAAGUACAACAUUCAUUCUGUAUCUGAGCAGAUUUCCUUUGCUGUAACAGUUGUAUUCCAUACAUAUAAUGAAAGUUUCAUUGAAGAGCUGAAAUCACACCUAGAAGAGAAGUUCAACAUGGGAUCACCACCUCUUAAUUGGAAUACUGGAGAGUUUCUUAUUCUACACAUCUACUACAAGAGCCUGAUUAACUCUCAUGAUCUGAUCCCUGUAUCCAUCAUAUAUUCUCUUCUAAUGUUCUACAUCUACUUCUCAGUUCGAAAGAUUGAGAUGGUGAAAUCUAAAUGGGGUUUAGCAUUGAGUGCUACAGUGAUGUUAGUUCUCUCCUGUACUAUGUCAGCUGGUCUUUGUAUCCAGUAUGGGGUUGAACCAACAUUGAAUGAAGGAGAGGUGUUUCCAUACAUCAUCAUCCUGAUCGGUCUUGAAAACAUUCUAGUUCUGAUCAAAUCUGUGACGUCAACACCCAUGGAUUUACCAGUAGAACUCAGAAUAGCACAAGGUUUAAGCAAAGAAGGUUGGUCCAUCACAAAGAAUAUGUGGACUGAAAUCUUGAUUGUUCUGAUUGGACUCUUCACCUUUGUUUCAGCUGUACAGGAGUUUUGUCUUCUAGCCCUGGUGGCUAUGUUCUCGGAUCUCUUUCUUCAGAUGAUGUUCUUUGUCUCAAUCCUGGCUCUUGAUUUCAGAAGAUUAGAGAUUUCAGACCUUUAUAAAUCAGGAAUGAUGCAAUCUAUCCAAGACUCUCCUGAUGGGGUACGUCCAUCUCGUACUCAUCACCGGUCAUUCCUCUCACCCUUCUGGGGUCAACCCAUAGAACAACCUACCCCAAGACCAAGGAUUCCUCGCAGGCUCAGAGUCUUUAACUUCCUAGCAAGCGUUAGGAUUAUUCAAAAGAUUAUUAAGUUCACCCUAGCACUAUGGAUCAUUGUCACCUGUCUCUUCAUCUACAAAGCUGGUAUCAUUAACUUCUUCUUGGUCAGCAAUAGCUAUGGAAGUCCUCUAGAACCCGCUGCCCCAACAUUACCUACUCCAUCAGAUCCCAAGCUUCCCCCAGUACCUCCUCUAGCUGAUCUCCACCGACUCCCAGACAAAGCUAUGCCAGUGCCCAAUCCUUACCCUUCUGAUGAAGUCAGUGACCAGUCCCGCCCUGAUCCAAUAACUGGGGAUCUCCCUAAGCCUGGGUACCAAGAUGACAAGAUGAAGGACAUGAUAAAGAGUGGUGGAAGCAGUGGUUCCUCUGACCUGAAGCCGUGUCAUGGAAGCGAUUGCAGUGAUAAGCUAUCCCUGUGGGUGAGGCAGAGAGGACUGUGGAAGCUGUCAGCUUGGCACUGGCCAGCUCUCUUUAAUAUGUACAACAUGAGCCUAGCAGACAGGUAUGUGAGUAUCCUUCCACCUAUCAAAUUGAACAUUCAUAUCAGACCAGAGGAGGCCAUUACUUUGAGAAAGGAUUCUGAAACCAAGAGAUAUGGGUCAUCUCCUGGUGUUGGUCAGAUUAUUGGUAGCUAUGAAGGUCUUCAUGAAGCUGACCGGUGGGACUACUACGUGACCAUGAUGCUAGGGAUCAUCAGUGGUGCUUCUUCUGUAAUCCUCAUCAUGCUGCUGUGUAAGUGCGCUACUUUGGUGCGUAGUCGUCAGGCUAGGUACAAGCCAGGACGAAGGGCGGAUAUCAUCAAGAGAGUCCAAGGACCGUGUGAAGCUGUACCUCAGCACUUGGCUGGACAUGAACAGGAAGUGGAGUGUUUUGUGACAGGAGGACGAUGGGUAGUGAGUGCUUGUAUUCAGGGUGAUAUACGAAUCUGGGAUCCUUACGAAGGCAGGUGUGAACACUUCAUCCCAAGAACAAGAUAUCGCCUUAGUAGCCCAAGCAACAGUCUACCCCGGCAACCAACCUCACCUACACAGCCCUUGAAGACCCCCAAUCAUUGCAGCGUUCCUUCAAGUCCAUUCAGCCCUCUUGAGCCAACAGAGCGCGCUUCACCAAACAGCUCAGAGGUUGUCAUGCCACGUCCGGGAAGCUCUAAAGACCUGUCGUCACACUUCAGCAUCCCAGAGGAAGGCAAUGGAGGCAGCAUGCCUCGCCCAGGAAGCUCAAAGGAUCUAGCUGGCAUGCAGUUCAGUAUGGACGGGUACUACGGGAAUGGCGAACAGAUGUACUCUGCAGCAAGGCAUCCUUCACAGUCUUCCAGCCGAAGCUCUGGAGUGGCUAGCUGCGAUGAUGAUCCCUACCUCCAGCAACAUCAGCUCACCAAGUCAAGGACUCAUAGUACAGUAUCCGCUGACUUCUCCCAGGUGGAUAUGUUUGGUAGUCCGUCAGACAGAGAGGGUGUGGUCGAUCCAACAGGUGCAGGAGGGGUACAGUCUGCACCCCUUGUAGGAGCGGGAGGUGAUGGUCCAAACGAGUGUUCUACAGUAUGGUGUCUGGCCUGCAAAGAUGAAGUGGUCGCUGCUGGAUGUAGUGAUGGAAGUAUUGAGUUAUGGAGCAGUGAGAAUGGUCAAUUAUUAGCUUGGUCAUCUUACAACGGUGACCAAUCCCAACCUGGUAUAACAGGUGUAUGCUUCACUCGCAAUCUCCUGGUCAUUGCAAGGUUAGGUGGGAGUAUAGACUUCUUGCAGCUAUCAGGAUUUCAAAGUGUAGGAGUUACAGUAAGCUAUGACAGUUAUUACCAGUAUCCACCUGUGGUUCACUUGAGUUUAUUAAAGACUGUCCAGGCUCAUCAGCAACCUAUUAAUACUAUACAAGCCAAUGAGGCACAACUCGUUACAGCUAGUCAAGAUUAUACACUCAAGGUUUAUUCUUUAGAUGAUCUUAAUUGUAAGUUCACUUUGAGAGGACACGCUGGUAGUGUCACAUCACUUUAUGUAGAUAAGGAUCCAUUCAAUAACAUAGCAAGUGGCUCAACAGAUGGUUUAGUGAGACUUUGGGACACAUCGCGGGGCGAUAUGUUGAAAGCUCUCAAAGGUCCAACUAGCACAGUUCUUAGUGUUACCUGUACGCCUCAGCAUGUACUGUGUGUUAGCUUGGAUAGUAAGCUGUGUGUGUGGACUAGAUUACAAGGAUGGAUGUUACAUGUUAUACAACUGGAUGGUGGAUGCAGUAGUAGUGUUGCUACUUUGAAUGAUAAACUCAUGAUUACUGGUGCCAAGGGAUAUCUGGUUGUCUGGGACAUUGUAAAUGGAGAACCGAUCCGAGAGCUCAACCUAGGUGACAAGCACGUCCGUGUGAAGAACAUUCUUUCCAUCGAAAACUCACCUACGAUUGUCUGUGACUUUGGCAGCGAGCUUAGACUGAUUCAGUUCCCACCAAGUCUGGAGAAGAUCGACUGAAGAAGCAGAAGGAAGAUGAUAGAUGGAAGGUCAUGAUAAAUGGAUCUUGUGUUCUCGUGGCAAGUCUUGCUGAAGAGUCGAAAGUGGACGAAGGACAACAUCUUGGUUUAUACUGAGUGUUGUGCAGUUCAUACCAAGCAUGAAGGAGAAUAUUGAAGAACUGAGAAGAUAAAAAAAACGAAGGAGAUAGAUGCUAGGUCUUGAUAAAUGAUCUUGUGUUCUUGUGGCAAGUCUUGCUGAAGAGUCAAAGAUAAGCCAAGGACAACAACAUCUUAGUUUAUAAUGAGAGGGUUCCAGUUCUCACAAAACAGGAGGGAGGAUAAGAAGAUAAAUGAAAGGUCUUGAUAAAUGAUCUUGUGUUCUUGUGGCAAGUUUUGCUGAAGAGUCAAAGAUGAGCCAAGGACGACAACAUCUUAGUAUAUAAUGAGAGGGAUCCAGUUCUCACAAAACAGGAGGAAGGAGAUUGAAGAACAACUACGCUGAAGAGAGGAAGAACCAAGGAGCUCGGUCAGCUGAUUUUAUUUCGAUCUCUGUCUAUACUGAGAGUGGUACAGCUGUCACCGUCCAGCAACACACAGAUGGAGAGAAGAACUGAAAGAAGAAGAUAUCCUAUCUUCUGUUUUUCUGAUCCAUGUUUAUUCUGAUAAGAUCCAUGAAAGAAUGAAGAUUGAGAUUGAAGUAAAGGAGGGAAGGGGAGACAAUUUCCCCAGACCACUCUUUAUGGUGUCAUGUAUCAAAUACGUAAUGCAUAUCUUUCUACAUCUGCAGAGUGGGUAGACAAAGGGAAAGAAAAGUUGAAAGAUAGAGUUUAGAAUAAAAAUAGAUAAAAUGUGUAAAAAGUACCAGGUUAAGGAUGCAAGUAAGAUGUCUUCUUAUUUCUUCCUCUGUGUCUGCAAGAUAUAAGGGAUGUAGUGAAGAUAUUAGAAAGCUGUAUUUUUGGGGAUCUUUUACUUGAAAAAAAAGGUGUUAGGGGAAAGGGGUUGGUGGAAUAAUGGAAGAACAUUAAGUGCAAGAAGACAGAUGAUGAGGUAACAACUGUCAAUAGAUUAAUAUUGUGGAGAGAAAGUGGUUCUCUGUCUCAAGUACCCGAGGAGGAGAGAUAAAUUAUGUCAGAGAAACAGAAUACAGCACAGACAAUACAUUCUACUAUAGAAUGUAGACUGACAAGAUUUAAAGGCUGGGAGAUGGAAGAGUAAUUGUAGGCAGAAUAAUUAACAAAUGUCAUUAGCAUCUUAGUUUUGUGAAGAAGUUUCAAAGUAUUUGAGAACAAUUUGACAUUUGCAGGAAAAACAAUUUUGGUUUUCCUGCUUUUUAUUAAAGCCUAUAGGUACAAAAGUUGGUAAAUCUCUUGUUUUCGAAGUUUGAAUCCAGUGUUAGGUAUAAUAAAAGAAUAUACCAUAAAACAUAUGAUGUUUAAAAGAUUAAAUAUUAAACAUCCAGUAUGUUGGGUAAAAUUGAAAUUGGGAUGUCUAAAUUGUAAGGAAAAAUGUAAAGCAUGGAUGUAGGGGGAAAAAUAUUACGAUAUAAUAUUUGUCUCUAGCUUUCUGAUGUCAAUCGGUUGAAUCAUUAUUUAGAAGAAAAAAAAGGGGGGGGGGGCUUAAUUUCACAUUUUCAUAAAGAAUCAUUCUUGAAAAGAGACUUAAUGGUCCCUAUGCCUUUGAAAGAUUGGAAGGAUGGAACAAUUCUUUAUCCUAUUGAAUCGUUGACAAGCUUUCAUCGAUGAAAGGCGUUGUGUUUUUUUUUGCUCAUAGUUUUUUUCAAUUCAAGUAUUAAAAUACAUUGAGUAUAUUUAACAAAAAUCUACAUGUAGGUUUUACCCAUCCCACCAAAGGCAUACAUAUUCUUUGCAUAUAUCUUUCUUCCUUUAAUUGUGGUGCUAUUAUUUUAUGGAAGUGUUAGGGGAUAUCUUUAUGAUAAGAUUAUUUUGAUGUAAAUAUAAUGAACAAGGGAAUAUAGGAACAAUAGAAUCAAUGUUGUCAUGCCAGUGUGAAGGUUUUCAAUCACAAGGGAGAUUUGACAUUGACUGAAUUGAAACAGCGGCACUGAUGUCUAAACAUUGUGGAAUUAAACGACAGAGAAAAAAAUGAUAAUCUACAUGUAUGCUGUGUAUUCAUCCUAGUGCAAUAAAUUGAUGAGUUACCCUAUCAUCUUGAAAAGAAAUUGAUUCUUGUUGCAUCUCAUAGAUCUCAUAUUUGAUAACAAAAAAAAACAAGGAUAUUGUUUUCAAGUUAAUAGACCUGUGCAAACCUGAAUGUAAUUUAAUUUUGUGUUGAAAAAAUAUGUCACCGUUAGUUUUAGUACUGUUUUGUGUAAUUAUUUCACACUGCAGUAUUUUGUAAUGCAAAUUUUGACUUUACACCACGGAUGUGCAUUGCAUUCUGAGGUGAGGUCACAUAUUAAACAGGAUGGAAUUGAUUAGCACCCUAGGUAUUCUUGUAUUGCAGAUUACAGGAUUUGCAUUCUUUCAUAGCAGAUUAAACAUGAAAUAUGCAAUAGAAAAUACGACAUGGACUUAAGUAGCGUAUAUUUAUGGGGGAGAGGAUAGUUAAGAGGUUCAAACAGCCACGUAUUAUAUAAGGAAUGCAUACAGAACAAGGAAAGGAUCUUUCUUGUAUUAGGGUUGGGAACUCAUGUUAUUUAUUUCAGAAAAGCAUGUAAAAUCUUUUGUUAUUUGAUAUUCCUUAGCAUUGAAUAUAUUAUGGUUUUGCCAAACUGCAGGCGUGAGCUGUCGAUCUGCGCUAUUGUCUGUAAUAUAGUUAGAAAUAGUAGAAUCUGAUGUGUAAUGAUUUUUGAUGGAAUUAUGGGAACAAAAUAGGUUGAAUAACUAUUUGUUACCGUAAAGUAUAAAGAACAACUAAUAUAUGCAAUACUUUUCUAUUAAGUCCAUUCCAUGUUUGUCAGUAGUAUACAAAUGAAACCUUGCCAUGUUUUGAAUACUUUACUUAAUCUUUCUCUUACAAGGGAUACUCCCCUCCCAUUUUAAAAGUUCUGUGUAGCAGUGUUAACACAUUCAUGCACAAAUUGUGUAAUAGCCAGGGGCGGAUCCAGGAUUUUUCGAAAGGGGGGAGGGGCACAUUUCCCCGAGGAAAAAAAAAAGGUCUUCACUUUCAAAAUGGGGGGGGGGGGCACACUUCUGUUUUAACAGCAUUUUUACAUUACAAUUUUACUUGUGCCUCUCAAAAGGGGGGGGGGGCACGGGCCGGCUAUGCCCCCUGGAUCCGCCACUGGUAAUAGCAAGCACAUAUUCCUUGCGUAAAUUACUAUACAUCUAUUGAACCAAAAUAUCUGUUUGUGUUUUCAUGCCAUUCAUGUGGGUAAAUGAAACAAAGGCAACGCAUCAGUUUAUGUGACGAAUGAGAACUGGGUGUGUAGAAUUCACUCACAUUUAUAAUGGAUAUUGGAUAUUAAGGAUUAUAAAUAAUGGUCAUAGUUCUACAGGAUAUCAAUAAAUUUAUCCUUCUGAACCCAUUCCUUAAUGUGGUUUAGCAAAGUCUACUGAAAUAUUCUAAUGAUUCAUAUUUUUAUUUUGUCUCAAUAGCUUUAAAAACUUCUCAAUUCUCAUUAUAAAGAAACCUCUGUUUUAAUUAAUUGACCUCCAUAAUUGUGUCUGUUCUCUUUGUCCAAGAACUUUUCCAAUUUCCUUCUUGAAAGUUUGAUUUGGACAAUUGCUUGAACAUUGGGUUUACUGGAAGAGGAUGCAAACCUCCAGUUCUUUGUAUUUGUGUUCCUUGAGAGGCCAAAAUUCAAAGUAGCAUUGGCAUAGAUGACCUACCAUAAAUAAUAAAAUGAUGGCAAGUCAUUGUGAAAGAAAUGGACGUGUAUGAUUAGUUGCUAGACUGUCCCUUGCAACAGGAAACAGCGAUCUUUCGAUUUCAUAUGUUUAAUUAAUUACAUCUUUGUAUUUUACAUUUGUAAUUGGUGUCAAAUAUAUAAGUUUCUCGCAAAACUCCAUAUGUCAUUUUGAAACACCCUUCCCUAGGAGUGCUUUUUGUUUUCUUUAAUAUGCAAAUUAUUUAUGUGCCUUUUCAGGGAGCUUGAUGCAAUGCUAGAAGAUUUUGUAUAUUUUGGAGAAAAAAAUCUUUGUUGACUUUGUUUUGUAUUGUUUUUGUUUUCCUAUUCUUUUUAUUUGCUGUGUCAUAACCCUCACAAACGGAGAAGUAUUGACAAUUGAACUUCCUUUAAAUUUGAGAGUUCUUUUUUUCAAACCUGACAGUUUAGGAAUUGUGUUUUUGUUUAAAAGUAUGUUUGGUGGAGCCUUCGUGAAUCAAUUUCAAAACAGUAAGGGAUAAAUUGUUCUCUAGAUACUGUAAGCAUGUUGAUAAGCUUCUUUUUUAAAAUCUUUCUUGCCCCAGGACUUAUUAAAGAGGAAGUCCACCCCCCCCCAAAAAAAAAGGUAUAAAAUGAGAAAAAUCAAAUGGGCACAAUGCAGGAGAUUUCAUCAAAAUCAGAUGUAAAAUAAGAAAGUUAUGACAUUUUUUUUCCUUUACUUUCACAAAACAGUUACAUACACAUCCUGGUUGAUAUGCAAAUGAGGGUACUGGUGAUGUCAUCAAUUUAUUUACUUGUUUUUGUUUUUAUAAUGAAGUAUGAAAUGUUUUAAUUGUUCCUCAUAAUGUGAAACAAAGUUUGGUUACUCCCUCAACAUACGGGACUGCAAUUGUUGUAUUCUUUUUUGAGUCAUUGAAGAGUUUCCUUCUUGUCAAAUCUACAAAUAAUUGAAAUAUUGUAUAAAUCAUACAUUCAAAUAAAAAAAAUAGUUUGUGACUUCAUCUGCAAUCUCAUUUGCAUAUCACCAGGUUGUCCAUUUAUUUGUUUUUGAAAAAUGAGUAAUAUUUUAAAUGUCAUAAUUUUUUUCCAAUUCACAUCUGACUUUGAUGAAAUUUUCAGCAUUAUGCUUAUUUUUAUCUUUUUAUAAAAAAAUCUACUUGUUGUUAAGGGGGCUUCCUCUUUCAGUCACUGUAACAUGUGUACUGGGUGAUAGGGAGAUAAUCAUGCACCAUUUAGAUACAUGUAUAAACAUCACAACCAAAUUACUUCAAAUUAAAACCCAACCAUCUCCGUAAAAUUGUUUUCUCUCUUUCCCCAUUCUAUAUUUCUGUCUGUGUGUAAGAGCAUGCAUGUAUCUGUGUUAGCUAUAUUCUUCAAGACUUCUUCCAGGCUUUCCUCUCUUGGGGUUCUCUAUCUGUUUUAGGUGAAUGUUUGCAUCAUACUCAUUCUAGAAUAUUCAUAUGCUGCAAUAUGUACAAUAUUUUUAGUUCUUUCAAAGCCCUGCUUGUGGUGACAAAUUGCUGCUGUGAUUUUAGAUUUAUUGGGUAAGCAUAUGCAUCAAACUCCUAUUAUUAAUAGAGAUAUAAAUUUACAAUAAUAACAGUGCAUUUAUGUUUUAAUGUAUUUGUGAUUGAAAUUGUAAGCAGAAGUUUAACAUGUACCAUGGUGUUAAUUAUGUUCAAAAUGUGAAGAACAGUAUGUCAUUGAUCUCUACAACUAUUGAUGUUGAUUUGUAAACACCUUUUAGAAGUACACUAUUCCAAUUUACCUUUUCUAAAACAAGUUUCUAAAUCUAUGGCAGCAAAGAAUGUACUGACAAAUUGUAGUCGAUCAAAAGUUUGAUGGGUUUUUUUUUAGGGUACAGCAUAAGAAUGGAACAGUGGAAAGUUUUGAGUUGUAAGCUUCCACAAUUCUAAAUUGGAGAUUAAGUUGACCUAUGUUGAGUCUGUCCACAAUUUCCUUUGAAAUAUAUGUGAAAUGACCAAAUAUUUUAUUGGUGCAAAGAAACUUGGAAUGUCAUUUUGUAUGUGCCAUAUGAAGUUCCCAUUUUAAAAGAAAUACUUGCUAAUUGUAAUUACUUUUAAAGAUUAAGUAAUAAAUUGAUUAUUUAUUUAUGUCUAUAAAAGAAGUAAAAUCAA